AUCCAGAGCCCUAAGACAUAUUAAUAAAUAAAAAGAAAUAUACUGUCAUACUGACAUAGAUGUACAUGUGUUUUUUGUUUAUUUUAAAAUAUCUAAGUAGUUUCUUUUUAUCCGGUUAUUCUUUUAUUAAAAUUAUAUACUUUAUUAAUUAUACAAUAUGUCGAAAAAUAUUAGUCGUCUAUUAACGCAAACACUAAUUUCUAGCCAAUUAUUGACCGAUAGUUCAUUUCGAUUUUAUGGAAGAUGGAUGCAUAGAGAUCCUGCUAAAGUAAUGUUACCUUUUGAACCAAAAUCUAAAGUUAAUUUAAAAACAGAAAAAGUUAUUAACUUAGAUCCUGAAAUUCUAAAUAAAUCCAAGGAAACGUCAGUGGAUUCUAUAGAUGAGAACAAAAAGCCGGAGAAAGAAUCAAAAAUUUUUAACAUUGAGAAGUCUCAAGAAAUUAAAUCAAAACGAGAAGAUAAAUUAAAAAAGAGAGCUUUUUAUCUAAGUCAAACUAAGGUUUUUGACGAUAAUAAUCAGAUUAUUUUUGAGAAAGCAAAAGAAAAUGAUGGAAGGAUAAGCAAUCUCUUAGUAAAAUUAAAAUCAAAAAAAGGAAGGAAUCAGUCAGGUCAGAUAUUAGUUGAAGGUUGGCGGAUGAUUGUGGAUGGUUUGGAAGCUAAAUGCAAUUUAAAAUAUGUUAUAUUCAGCCGCACAGAAGACUUAUAUAAUUUGCGACCAUUUUUGCCUUCCAAAGGGGUGAAAUUAUAUAAAAUACCAUAUAAACAAAUUGCACUUUGGUCUGAUGUUGAAACUUCUCCAGGAAUAUUUGGUGUAUUUGAUAUACCAUCACCUGACAAUGUGAGGAGUUUCUCCAGACCUUUGCCUCUACAGUUUAUAUGUGACAAUAUACGAGUACCAGGAAAUUUGGGUGCUAUCUUCAGGGUUGCAGUAGGUGCUGGAUGUGAAAAAGUUGUAUUAACAAAAGGGUGUGUUGACAUUUGGGAUCCAAAAGUUAUAAGAAGUGCUGCAGGCGCCCAUUUUAGACUGCCUAUAUACAAUUCUGUAGAGUGGACAGAUAUUCCCAAACAUUUAAAUCAGGACACUACAGUGUUCAUUGCUGAUAGUAAUGAAAAAGUAUUGGAUGAAAAUUCAAUGGGUAACACAGAUGAAAGCUGUGAAGGAAUGCAUAUUCCUGUGCUUCCAUAUUAUGGUAUUGAAUAUACAAGUUUUAAACACAUAACAUUAAUAAUCGGUGGUGAGACAGAAGGAAUUAGUAAUGACAGUUAUGCUUUUGCAGCGACAAAAAAUGGAUUAAGAGUGAACAUUCCCCUGCAAAGAGGUGUCGAUAGCCUUAACACAGGCAUGGCUGCAGCUGUUAUUGCCUUUGAAAUAAGGAGACAACUCAUACAAGCUUGGACGCGAGAAAAAUUGGAGAGGAUAGGAUUAAAUGCUACAUAGUAUGUUUUAUUAUUGUUAUAUAGUGUAGUUAUAGUAGUUUAGAAACUUUGUAGUUAUAUGUAAGGAAUACACGAGUUAAUAAAACAA